CGGCAGCUGUGACAGCGGCCUAGGCGCACAGGAGGGCAGGGCAUAUAACGCGAACAUGCUGUCACUAUGCCGUGGCUCGCUUAGGCUUUGCCGAGCUACCUUGACGCACUGCUCCGGAAGGCCUGUAGCUUCCUCUCGCUGGGUAAGCAUGCAGGCCUACAGAACAGAGGAAAGGGGGCGGCCAAAUACCGCUGAAUACAGGCUGUACUUCAAGAAUUCAGAUGGCAAAUUCAUUUCACCAUUUCAUGACAUCCCUCUGCAUGCAAGAGCCGAACAGGACAGUGAUGUGCCAGCGAAGAAAUCAAAGAGUAAUUGGGAUAAGAAUGUGUUUAACAUGGUGGUUGAGGUACCUCGUUGGACAAAUGCUAAAAUGGAGAUUGCAACAAAAGAACUUCUUAACCCUAUUAAACAAGACAUCAAAAAAGGGAAGCUUCGCUAUGUUUCAAACAUUUUUCCUCACAAAGGUUACAUAUGGAAUUACGGCGCCCUUCCGCAGACCUGGGAAGAUCCCAAGCAUGUUGACAAUGAUACCAAGUGUUGUGGUGAUAACGAUCCAAUUGAUGUCUGUGAAAUUGGCUCCAAGGUUUGUGCAAGAGGUGAUGUCAUACAGGUGAAAGUGUUAGGAAUUCUCGCUCUAGUGGAUGAAGGCGAGACUGAUUGGAAGGUAAUCGCAGUCAAUAUUGAUGACCCGGAUGCUGAGAAGUUUAAUGACAUAGAAGAUGUAAGAAAGCACAAACCUGGCUAUCUGGAAGCAACUGUUGAUUGGCUUAGGACUUACAAAGUCCCUGAUGGGAAGCCUGAAAAUCAGUUUGGGUUUAAUGGAGAGUUUAAAGGCCAGGAUUUUGCUGUUGAAGUGAUUAAAUCUACUCAUGAAUACUGGAAGAAUAUGCUGCACAAAAAAUCAGAUAAAGGUGAAAUAGAGUGUAAAAAUGUAUCUGUAAGUGAAAGCCCCUUCUGCUGCCCUGAGGAUGAAGCUGCAUCCAUUGUUCAGUCUGCUCCUUCACCAGGAAGUCCGAAUAAAGUUUCCUCAGAUGUUGAUACAUGGCAUUUCCUUAACAAAUGAACUCUCUAACAAGUUAUUAGAGCUCCUUCUUCAAUUCAAGAAUAUAAUCAAGAAGAUAUAUUUUAUUUUUUUAAUAAAGUGGUUAUAAAAUUUAAGGCAGCAUUGUGUAAAUAAACACAUUCUCUUUUCGUUAACAA